UUCCUGCGAACCAUUUAAAGUAUGGCCAUUAUAUAAAAAUCAAAUUUAAGGACGAAAUCAAUGUCCUCCUCCUCCGCAUCAAAACACCUCUUCCACCUCCUCCUCCGAUGCGCGCCCAAAACCCUCAAAUGCGGGCGCUCCUCCACGCCCACCUCGUCAAAACCGGCUCUUUCGCCGGACACUCUCCUCACAACGCCCCAUCAGCCUCUACUCCAAAUCCCGCAGCCUCGCCGACGCCCACCUCGCUUCGACGAGCUCCUCAGCCCCGACGCCGUCUCCUUCAACUCCCUCAUCAACGGCUCCUCCCAGCAGAACCCGCGCCGCCCUCGCCUCUUCAACCGGAUGCGGGCUCGGCUCCUCCCCAACGCAGUCACCUUCGCCGACGUCUUCACCGUUGCUGCGAGGUGCUCCGCCGGUGGAAGAGAGGCGCACUUCGUCGCCCUCAAGACCGGGAGCUGCGACGACGUGUUUGUGGGCAGCUCACUGCUCAACAUGUACUGUAAGCUCGGGCUCGUUCCGGACGCGCGCAAGGUGUUUGAUAGAAUGCAUGAGAGGAACUCGGUGACUUGGGCGGCUAUGGUCUCGGGUUACGCGGGCGGGAGGUGCGGGGUUGAGGGGUUUGAGCUGUUUAGAUUGAUGGUGGGAGGGGAUGAGUGUAGCCCGAAUGAGUUUGUGAUUACUAGCGUUCUUAGUGCGGUGAGCCUCCCCGAGUUUGUGCAAAUGGGCAUUCAGGUUCAUGGGUGUGUGAUUAAGAAUGGGUUGGCCUCGUUCGUGGCGGUAGAGAACUCGCUGGUUACUUUUUACUCCAAGUGCGAGUGCUUGGAUGAUGCAGCUCGAGUGUUUUUUUCAUCAGGGGAUAGGACUCCGAUCACUUGGUCUGCGAUGGUAACUGGGUAUGCACAGAAUGGUGAACCCCUGAAAGCUUUGAGAUUGUUUUUGAGGAUGCAAUCGGAAGGAGUUCGACCUAGUGAGUUCACGUUCGUCGGUGUCCUUAGUGCUUGUAGCGAUAUGAUCUCUUUCGUAGAAGGUAAACAGAUUCAUGCUUACCUGGUGAAACUUGGAUUCGAGCUUCAAGCUUAUGUUAAGAGUGCAUUGGUCGACAUGUAUGCUAAAUGUGGCAAUCUUGAUGAUGCGAGAAAAGGGUUUGAGGCUUUGAAUGAGGCAUGCGGUGUGGAUACAGUCUUGUGGACAGCGAUGAUAGGAGGCUAUGUUAGUAAUGGGCAGGAAGAGGAAGCUCUAGCUUUGUUUGUCCUGAUGCAAAAAGAUUGCAUUUUGCCUAAUAAUCUCACAUUUGCAACUGCUUUUCGAGCUUGUUCUAGCCUUGCGGCUUUAGAACAGGGAAAACAAAUUCAUGCUUUGGCCCUUAAGUAUGGGUUUGGUUUAGGCAUUCCCCUUGGAAGUGCUCUAUCCACGAUGUACGCGAAGUCUGGGAAUCUUGAUGACUGUAGGCUUGUCUUUAGAAAGAUGCCUCAAAGGGAUGUUGUUGCUUGGAAUUCAAUCAUCUCGGGGUUCUCUCAAAAUGGGUUUGGAAUGGAGGCCCUAGAUCUUUUCGAAGAGAUGAAAUUGGAUGGCGUAGAGCCAGACGAUGUCACGUUCAUCAACCUUCUCUUUGCUUGUAGUCACAUGGGGCUCGUUGAGAGGGGCUGGAGUUAUUUUAAGUCUAUGUACGACGAACACGGUUUGGCGCCUAAACUCGAGCAUUAUGCUUGUAUGGUUGAUAUCCUCAGCCGUGCUGGAUUGCUGGAAAAAGCUAAGAAUUUUGUAGAAUCGGUCCCAAUAGAUCACAGAACGUGCCUAUGGCGUAUUGUGUUAGGAGCCUGUCGAAAGCCUCAGUAUUUUGAUAUAGGAGCAUAUGCUGGUGAACGGUUAAUGGAAUUGGGAUCAAGGGACUCUUCGGCGUAUAAUUUGUUGUCCAAUAUUUAUGCGGCUUGGAGAAGAUGGGAUGAUGUAGAGCGAGUUAGAAGAAUGAUGAAAUUACGAGGGGUAAGCAAGGAUCCAGGGUGCAGUUGGCUUGAACUUCAUAACAGGGUUCAUGUGUUUGUUGCUGGGGAGCAUCUGCAUCCAGAGAUAGUGCAUAUAUAUACAGAAGUGAAGAAACUAGUUAAACAUAUGAAGGAUGAAAGUUAUCAUCCUGCCUCUUCACUGUCUUCCCAGGAUUACUUAGAAUUGCAUAUAGAUUCUUCCAAUGAAGAGGAGCUGCCAUUAUUAGCUUCGAUUGGUUCUUAAUAAUUUUUCAUGAAGAGCACAACUCUAUGAGUUUCUGCACAGAUGAGGAUUGAUUUCUGAAGGUAGAUAACUCUUUUUUCCAACCGAGCACUGCGUUCGCUCUGAAAACCAAUCCUGAGAGCAUGUGAACGUAAAACCAUGGCUCUGGGUCAAGAAGUUUCGCUACGCGGUUAGUUCUCUUUUAUUUUAUUUUAUUUUAUUUUUUUAGUUGCUCUAUUAUUUCCUUUGUGAGUGUUGCAUGUAAAUAGGAUACUGGUUAUCAUAGACCUAUUUAUUACUAAACUGCUUCUGUAACAGUACUAUGCUCAACCACAGGCAACCAGAGGUAUCACUUGUUUCAGGUGAUAUAAUAUCUUUGAUGAUUUAUAUUGUUAGACCUGUGUUACUUCUUAUUGUAGAUGAUGCAGUAUUCGGUGUCAACACGAGUACUUUAUUUCAUUCCAUCCAUUUUAUUUAUUGUUGUUUUUUUUUAUCAUAAUCACAUUUAGUGGAUAAGCAGAAUUUUCUUUCAGCCUCGUCAAAGAGAUUCUGAAUGUACAUCAUCUGGUUGGGAUUUCUCACUGCCGUACGCAGAGCCUUGCGUCUGGAGUGAAAUCUCGAUGUCGACAGUUGAAGAUUGCAUGCGGGUAUGCGGACGUCAAGUGAAGUCGAGGCCCUGAAGAAGCUACUUUUGCCAGGUGACGGUUCCAUUAGAGUCAGCAAAAUCACUUGGAGCAAUGCCAGCAGUGACGACGGGUUAUGACUAAUGAGACUAAGGCUGCUGAACAAUUGUAUAUGCGUCUGAAACCAUAAGAAAGAAACCACAUUUUUCUUACGUUUUAUGUAUCUUCAGGAAUACAUGUUCCUAAAUUUGAUGAUUAGCUUAUAAAAUGUAAAUCCUAUGGCAAGAUUUUUCUUUUUUCUUUUGGUCACUACUAUACUACACUGUUUAUUGGAAAUCAACAGGCCCAGUGAUCUCUGUUUAAA